GCGCUGCCGGGGCGCGCAGUGACAGCGCCGGGCGGUGUGUGCGCCCAGGGCAUCCUCCUCGGCGGGCGCUCCUGGACGGGGAGCCGGGCCCCCCGCGCCCCCCGGGCCCGCUCCGGGCAGCGCGGCCGCCGCGAUGAAGCCGUGCGAGGAGGAGGAGGAGGAAGGGCGGGCGGCGGCGGCGGGCGGCGGCGGGGACGGGGACCCCUGGAAGGAGUGCGCGGAGGUGGCGGUGCAGCUGGCGCGCCGCGCCGGGCAGAUUAUUAGGAAAGCUCUAACAGAGGAAAAACAAGUGUCCACAAAGACAUCUGCAGCAGAUCUCGUGACAGAAACUGAUCAUUUUGUGGAAAAUUUAAUUAUUUCUGUUCUGAAAGAGAAGUUUCCCUCCCACAGGUUUAUUGCAGAAGAAUCCACUGCUGCAGGUUCAAAAUGCGUGCUCACCGACAGUCCGACCUGGAUUAUUGACCCUGUUGAUGGAACGUGCAACUUUGUGCACAGAUUUCCAACAGUGGCAGUGAGCAUUGGAUUUGCUGUUAACAAAGAGCUUGAAUUUGGUGUAAUUUACCACUGCACUGAAGAACGAUUAUACACUGGUAGAAGAGGUCAAGGGGCAUUUUGUAAUGACAAAAGGCUUCAGGUAUCAAAAGAGACAGAUAUCUCGAAGGCCUUAAUUUUAACAGAAAUUGGUCCAAAACGUGACCCUGCAACUUUGAAAUUGUUCCUUGGUAACAUUGAGAGGUUGCUCAAGGCCCAAGCACACGGGGUCCGUGUCAUUGGGAGCUCAACGCUGGCCCUGUGCCACCUGGCGUCCGGUGCUGCUGACGCCUAUUACCAGUUUGGGUUGCACUGCUGGGACCUGGCAGCGGCCACUGUCAUCAUCAGAGAGGCAGGUGGCACUGUGAUAGACACUUCAGGGGGACCUCUGGACCUUAUGUCCUGCCGAGUGAUUGCUGCAGGCACGAGAGAGAUGGCCAUGUUCCUAGCUCAGGAAAUACAAACUAUUCCCUACCGACGGGACGACGAGAGUUAAAUACUCACUGUGCCGAGCUGGCCCUCCUGAGCCACGUAACGCUCCCAAGAUGGUGUCUCGGAAGGGUACGUGCUUUCAGCAGGAUGGUUUCUGUGCAGAUUUUCUGUGUCAAAUAUUUUUUAUAAAUUUAUUACCACGUGGGAAGGCAUAGGGAGAUUUUUAGACCUCUAAGAAUGGUGUUUCCUUUUUAAUAUGUAUCUCUUUCAGCAGUAUCUUUUUUAUAAGAUAGAAUAUUUUACUUGUAGCAAAUUAGUCUCAAAAUUAAGUUGUAAUUUCGUAUCUGUGAGGCCGAUAUUUAGUAUUUUGUAACACACAGCUAAAAAAUGGAACUUUAUUUUUACAGAUGCAGAUCUCAGGUAAAUGAGCUUUAGGACUGUAGUACAGGAGGAGUAGUUGAGAUGUGUGCCUAUAACAAUACCCUUGUUCCACAAUACUUAAGAAUGCAAUAAAAAUGGCAUUGUUGUUUCCUAACGACACCAUAGCUCUGUAUCCAUGUAUGUACACGUCUGUGUGUCUGUGUGUGUGUAUAUAUGUGUAUAUAUACACCUCUAUCUGUCCAUGCAUGUACACGCACACACCCCCAGGGGUGUAUGUGUGUAUAUAUAUGGAUAUCCUGGAUGUUUACAGCAACUUAGAGAAUGCACAGAGAGAAGAAAGCUUAUGUUGGAAGCUCUUUCCAGGUAAUGGUUUUUUUAGGUUACUUAGGUGGUUCCAGUCAGGGCUACACAACUGGCAAAUAGCAGAGCUGGCCAUGGAAAAUGUUUAAUUGUUUUACAAACUGCCCAGCUGGUUUUGUUUCCCUUCAUCCCUCUGCAUGGGCACAAAUCAUACUAUCCUGUAGGCCUCUGUAAGGUAUUCAAACCUGCAAACAAUUACUACCAGCUAAAACCAGGAAUAUUGAACUCAAGCUGAGUUAUUCACAGUAUUAACUAUGACACAGAGCAGUAGGAGGCCAGCAGAAUAGAGCACAGUGUCAAAGAGCUGUUGAUUUUAGAGAAACUUCAAGCAGAAUAGCAGGAUUUGGCCCCUUACAGGCAAGUUAUUAAAAAUAUGCACAUAAGAUAUGCUUGCAAAAAGUUGUAAGUCACAUGCCCUUCUUGCACAAUGUUGUAAUCACACUUUUUGAUCAGAAAAGCCUGUAAAAUCAGCUACGUAGAUUUCUGAAAUACACCGUUGUUCUCUAUCCCUGUAUCUAGCCAAUAUUUUCUAUUUAAAUUGUGUUUUAAAUCAUGAGCACAGGGAAAACACAAGUGUGUUGAAAAAAGCAGUUGAUAUUAAAUCACUUCUAUUUUUUCAUCAAAAUUUUAAUUAAAAGGUAUCUCUUUUUUGCAAGAGUGAAAAUUGAAUAAAGGAAUGAGCCAAGAGUUGGUUAAAAAUAUAUGGGUUUUUGUACACUGCAUGUGUAGACUUUUUAAACAUGUUCAGAUAUCUGCUUAGAAGAUACAAACUAAGUAUUUUUUUAAAAUAACCUUGUGUGUGUUUCUUGCAAUGAAAAAUGUUUUUCACUGAAUAUAAUGAAGUUCUGUGUGAUUUCUUGAUUUUUUUUAAUGAGAAAUACAAAACAGUGACUGUAUGAGGAAUAUCUAAAUCCAACUAAGCAUUUAAAAGCUAAUGGAUCUUAGCAGAAAAUCAACACUUUCUGUCACAAUGAUCAACAUUUUGUUACUGCUCUCUUUUACCCCCUUCGUCUCUGUGUACCCUGUUUGGAAAAGGAGAUUGUAAGCCCUCUGGGCCAGGGACUACAGUAGUUUGGCUCUGGGUUUGCACAGUGCUAAUAGGAUGAGAUUCUGGUCCACAACUAGGCACUGAGGUGCUAUAAUAAUACAAAUAAUAAAUGCUAAUA